AACUAAAAGUAGUUGGUUGGAGCCACCAACACCUUCCCUAGUUUUCUCCUACUCGUUACCCUCUUUGAUUUCUUUCUUCCUGUUUCCAGAAUUUUCUUCUUUUUGGCUUUUGCUUUGAUGGUUCCUCUAAAUGGGUUUCCAACAUAGAAAGUUAACUUCUGGUUGUACCAAUGAAACCUCAACAACUAACUGCGAUUUUUGUUACGACUACUGUCGUGCAGUAUGUUAUGAGUUUUGCCCUGGUUUUUGCUCUUUUGAGCCUGACCCAUCUUAUGUUCAUCAAUACCCUCCUCCUCCUCCUCCGACUCCUCUUUCUGAUUCAAAGAAACUGAAAACGUUCGUGAUCAUAACUUCAACGCUCCUUGUCUCCACUUUUCUGGCUCUAUGCUGUUUAGUUUACUACGCUAGAAGACGUUCUAAUGCUCGGAGGAGGAGAUCAUUGGAGGCGGGCCGCGACGAAUUCGUGGAUGAAGAUCAUGGUCCCAUCGUUGACCAUCCCAUCUGGUACAUCAACACGGUUGGUUUGCAAUCCUCCAUCAUCCGUUCCAUCGCGGUUUGUAAGUAUAAGAGAGGAGAGGGUCUUGUUGAAAGGACGGAGUGUUGUGUUUGCUUGAACGAGUUCCAAGAGGACGAGACUCUUAGACUGUUGCCUAACUGUAGCCAUGCUUUUCACAUAUCUUGUAUUGAUAAUUGGCUUAGAUCGCACACUAACUGUCCUAUGAGCCGAGCACCGAUUGUUUCCAACGCCGGUAAUAGGGGACCAUCGUCUUCGUCUGAAGACUCCGGAGGAGCUGAAGAAACCCAAGUGGUGGCUGUGGAAGAAUCUGAGAGAGGAACUGACGGUGGAACAAGUGAAAUAGAGGAAAUGGCUGUUGAAAAUGAAGGAACAGAGGAUGGGAUUCAACCUAUGAGAAGACCAGUUUCUUUGGAUUCCAUGGCAGCUUCUCAAAUCAGCCAUGGUCUUGUUAAUGGUAAUGGUAAUUCAGAUAAUGAAUUGGGUAAGGGAAACAAGUGAG